AUGGGCAAAGAAUGCCUUGCUAGUCUACCAAAGCCUCGGAAGCGAAGGACUGCAGAUCAAGAACCUCUGCGCAAUGGUUCACAUGACGAAGCGCCGGCUGCUAACAACGGUGCGGACGACAAUGCAACGUCGAGGGCGAGUCUGCCAACCUUAGGCUCGACUGUGCAACGCAGUACGCCACCGUCGGUUGCAUCGACGAGCAAUGGCACAGGGUCGAGCGGCAAGCACUUUGCACGAAGUCUAGGCAUCGAAUCGGCUCCCGGCGACCUCCUCCAGGGGGUCGACGAUGACUAUAUCCGGAAGAGAUUCGCCGCCUUUCGUCCAAUGGCCGGUCACUUCCCAUUCUUCAACCUCUGGCCAGACUUGAACCCUUCUCGCAUGAUCUGUGAUCGACCUAUAACUACGCUCGCAAUAUGCGCGGUGUCAUCUGGCGCUCGACGUGAUCAUUUGACGCGGCUCUUACACGCCUUUCGGCUUGCACUAUCACACAAAGUCAUUGUCAAUUGCGAGAGCAGUCUCGAUUUAUUCGUGGCAUUGCUAAUCUUUCUUGCCUGGCAUCAGAAUUACAUGGCCAAGCAGCAGAUCUGUCAGAUGACUUGUCUGUUGAGCGGCAUGGCUGCGGACUUGGGCUUGUAUCGGCAGCCUUACCAGAGCGACAAGCAGAAUUCCGACAGCACGGCGGAACUCAAUAGAGCCUUUGUUGGCUGCUAUCAUCUUUGCUGCAGCCUGUCUGUCAUGGGCUUCAACCGACCGAGCACAUUGCGCUGGACUUACAAUCUUCGUACUUGUGCAGAAAUGGUUGCUACGUCUGGAAGCCAGCCACACGAUCGAUCGCUCAUCGCGACACUAGAGAUGACGCGGGCUGUGAAUGAUCUCGACGACUUGUUCCGAGCGAUCAGCAACCAUGGGCGGACUGUGCAUACCUCGGAAUGUGAAGUCUAUCGCCUGGCCGUCUCACACCGCAUGCAAGCCUUGAAGCGAGAUCAUCAUGUUCUUGCGAGCCUCCCAAUUUUCGCGACCGCGAAUAUCCAUUUCCAGUACAGGGCAUUACAGCUUAGCGGCACACCAGAGACUGCGACUCUGAUACAAUGUGCUUGCUCGAUUAAGGAGUACUUGGACGACCUCUUGAGUAAACCUGCAAUUGUCUUCUACCAGAUGGCAAUCAUCGACUGGAUCAGUUUGUUAGAGAUACUCACGACCGUUGCGACCAUUGCUCAGCCCUCGUUGUCCUCUGGUGGUUGGGAAGUAGGAGCCAUAUCAUCGAUGUUACAACCUCAUGCCAUCCUUGAUGCUGUCUGCGCGAGGAUGGCGUCAGUGACUGCGACUGAGCGGAACCAGGAACAGCUGAGCUGGUUCGAGGGUUUGUGUGACAACAUCAAGAAACGCAUGCUACAAGAGAAGUACGAUGGUGCUGGGCCAUUCAGCAAUGGUGGGGUGCCUUUCGAUGCUGUGCGGUCACUUGGUAGAAAUGGUUCGAGCUCUAGCAGCGGGUUCAGGCCGGUCAACCAGCCGUAUGCUUCAGAGACGCCGCUGCCGAGAGCUGCGGAUGUUCAGGCUCGGCCAGCUCCGGCGAGAUUCACUCUGUUCGACAAUGGAGUGCUGGGAGAAGGAUUAUGGAAUAUCUCGUACGCCGACUGA